CAUUUAAGGUUAUGUACCUUCAUCCUACAUAUGUUUAAUGAAUUUUUGAAAGAAAGUUGUAUAAUUUUUUUUAAACUUGAAGAUACUUCUCAUCAAACAAUAUGAGUCGAAAAAGUCAUUGCAAAUUACAAGCUGUUGUAUUCACAGAUACAUUUGAUGAUGAGUUUUAUCCAUUAACUCAGGAUAUUCCUUCUACUCUUAUCCCACUCUUGAACAAGCCCAUUUUGAGUUACACUCUAGAAGCUCUCCAAAUUGGUGGGAUAGACGAGAUAUUCCUAUUCUGUAAGUCUGGUGUACAAGCUAUUAAGGAAUUCGUAAGGGAAGCAAAAGAAGAUGAAGCAUUAUGGACUUAUCUUACAAUUCACAUCAUCACAUCAGAAAGUUGUCAAACUUUGGGUGAUUGUUUUCGAGAUUUGGAUGCGAGAGGUUUGAUUAGGGAUGACUUUAUUCUUGUUGGACCAGGAGUAAUAACAAAUGUUGAUUUUCGACCAAUUUUCGAUAAACAUAAAGAAAUAACAAAAAAGGACAAAGGUGCUUGUAUAACGAUGAUGUGCAUGAAAACUAGUAAAGUACAAGCUAUAAAAUGUGAAGUUGACAAUUCCUUGUAUAUUAUCACUCCUGAGGGUAAAUUGGUAUUUUAUAAAAAUUGUGAAGAUUCUGAAGACCACAGGACUAAAGUCCCAUUGGACUUGAUAUUGGCACAUGAUCAACUGGUUUGGCAUCGUUGUGUGAGGGACAUUGGUCUAGCUAUUUGUUCUCCAAAGUUCCUACCUCUUUUUUCGGACAACUUUGAUUUUCAAACCAAAGAAGAUUUCAUUAAGAAUUUAUUGAUGAAUGAAGAAAUAUUAGAUUGUACCAUGUAUGUACAUUUACUUAGAGGGGUAAACUUCGGAGCUGCUGCAAUAAAUUUGCAAAACUACCACGCCAUGAGUUUUGAAGUAUAUGACAUGCGCUUAGGUGGGGGCUUCAGAGAGAAUAGACUUAUAAAUACCGAUAAGUAUAUCCAUAGAGGAAUUGCAGGUCGAAGUACUAGUGUUCCGAAAUGUGCUAAGAUAUCGAAGUGCGUGUUAGGUGAAAAUGUAAAAAUUGGAAAAAAUGUGUACUUGGAGGAAUGUGUAGUUUUAUCAAAUUGUGUCAUUGGUGAUAAUGUCAAGAUUCAGUUAAGUGUUGUUGGACCAGAUUGUAUUUUAAUGAACAAUUGUCAAAUUAAUAAUAACUCUGUAUUAGGGAAAAAUGUGCAAAUUAAUGAAAAUGUAAUAGUUGACAAAUGUUUAGUUCAAGCAACAAAACCGGAAUUCUGUGAUGAAAAAGAUAUUUUAGGCGAACAUGCAUAUAUAGCACAUUUAGAAAGAAGUAAUAAAAUCCCUGAAUUGAGUACUCGUGAAACUGUGAUGGAGAAAGUGCGAAAAGUUGAAGAAUACAUCGAAACAGAUGCUGAAGAUGAUGAAUCUUCUAGGCAGUCUCCCGAAAUAGACGAUACAGAAGUCUUUCUCAAUGAAGUCAUCGAAAGUUUGGCAAGAGGUAUCGAAGAUGAUGUCAAUUGUGAAAAUUUAAUUUUUGAAAUCAAUGGCUCGAGAUAUGCAUAUCAGAUACCACUUCAUGAGGUGAAUUUUUUUGUAGUGAAAGCUAUCCUAAAAAUGUAUUCACAAAAAAAUACUGGUCUCAAAUAUUUAGCUACAUUGUUGACAAAAUUCCGUCCAAUUCUCAAGAACUAUAUACGUAAUGAAGAAUCAAUGAAAGAUUGUCUAAGUGCAGUUGAGGAUCAAGCUGUUGGUAGCGGAGAGGAAGAUAAAGACUGGGUUCUUUAUGUUUUGAAAUGGUUUUAUCAAAAUGAUAUUUUAUCAGAAGAUGUAAUUUUAAAUUGGGGUAAAUCUUUGGAUACCUCAGAGAAACUAUACAUUAAAAUAUAUCCAUUCAUGAAGUGGUUGGAAGAAGCUGAUGAAGAAUCCUCUGACGAAUAGUAUUUUAUAAAUAGAACAUUAUUUUCACUAACUUAAUUUUAAGGUUGUGAUUUAAAACCAUUUAAAUGAUAUAAUCUAUAUAAUUGUGACUGAACAAAAUAUAUAUUAAUUAGAUAA